AUGGCCACCGUGGCCACCGUGGCCGAUGCUCUGCCAACACCACAGCCAACGUCUGCCACUCCCGAGCUGGCACCCGCACUGCCCCAGAAUCGUGCGCGCCCCGCCCGUGGCGCGUUCCAGUGCGGCACCUGCUCGCAGUCCUACACCCGGCUGGACCACCUGGCCCGCCAUGUCCGCUCACACACGCAGGAGAAGCCCUACGCCUGCCAUUCGUGCGAGAAGCGUUUCAGUCGAGUCGACCUGCUCCGGCGCCAUGCUGCAUUGCACAGCGAAGGCACAGCAGCCGAGCCCACCAAACGUCGUCGAAUUGGCACCAGCGCGGCAGGUGCAGUGCGUGUGUCCCAGGCGUGUGCAGCUUGCGCAGAUAACCAUCUGAAAUGCGAAGACCAGAAACCGUGCAGGCGAUGUCGGAACAAAAACAUCGCUUGUCACGUGCCUGAGAAGGCGUCGGCGACAGACACCAUCGAAGCGAGAGAAGAAGAAUGCGAGGAGCUGGCGUUGGAUCCCGCGCUACCCGUCCUACACCACCCGUCGGAGAGCAUGCCCUUCAACAACCACCAUUUCGCUGCCCAUUCAUCACCUGCGCCUUUCCAUCGCUCCUUGACCGCGGCUCAACAGCCUGAAAUGCUGAUGCAUUCCUCGGAAAGAACCAUGAUGAGUCCGACGGUCGAUGGCUUGCCUGAUGCCAUGAACAUGCCCUUCACGGAUUCCAUGGAUUUGCUUCCUACCACAUUCAUGCCCACACUGCCGAGCGGGACAAGGACGCCCCGAGGAGUAUUCGACUUCGGCCUCGAGACAAAUCUCGAAUUUAGCGACAGUGAUCUUGGCUUCCUCAACUCUUACAACACUCGCGUCCCUUUUGAAUUCGAAAACCAAUGCGAAGCAGUAAACCUGCCACGUUCCCACACAGUCAACGACGACGUCGUUGGUGGAACCGCUCCGAAUACUGCGAGCCCUUUACAGACAUCAAUCUGGCGCUUUGUCCCCAACUCUCGCGACCAUGCCGCAGCAGAACAGCCACAUCUAUCUCUUCCGGCCGCUGAAAGUUGCCGAGAUAGUCCUGCGAGUCGCGUUGGACUUGGUCGGCGGGCUACGACAGAAAAACUCGACAUGCUGUCACGCGACAGGAUUCUAGGUAUCGUGCUCAGCCAGGUCAAGCCGCACAUCUCUCGGGCCUUGUCUUCUUUCCCCUCUGUAGACCUGCUUGACAGUCUGCUACAGUACUUCCUAACCGCCCCAUUCUCCGGUGCCAGCUCCUGGUUCCAUGCUGCCAGCUUCUGCCCAAGAAAGUCGCGACCGGAGCUUUUGGCUGCAAUGGCUGCCGCUGGCGCUGUCUUAACACCGGACAUGUCGCUACGGAAGCUCGGCUUCGCCAUUCAGGAAAUCGUCCGGAACUACUUGCCCACAGUAUGGGAGAACAACAAUGCCGAAAUCCGCGAUCUUGAGCUUGCGCAAGCCUUCAUGCUGCAAUUGGAAAUCGGCCUCUGGAGUGGUAAUAGUCGCAAGAUUGAAAUUGCCGAAAGUUUCCAACAGCCACUGCUGACGAUGCUUCGUCGCGGAGGCAAGUUCAGGCGGUCCAGCUAUCCGGCCAUUCUGUUGCAACCCGAGGACAAUAACCACACGCUGAGCGAGAAGUGGCAUACGUGGAUCAAGCAAGAGUCCUUCAAAAGACUGGUUUUCCAUCUCCUCCAGCAUGACGCACAGUCCUCCGUCGCGCUUCUGGUAAGCCCGCUGAUAUCUUAUGCUGAAGUCGGUCUUCCGUUACCAGAAUCACAAUCUCUCUGGACAGCGACCAGCGCAGAGGACUGGAAGGCGCUGUACUUGACCAACGCCGAUAAUGCUUCGAUUCGCAUACCAGCACUGACGGACUGCAUCAAUGAUCUGGAACUGCUGGAGUCGAGUAGCCAUCUCACUGACGUGCCAUUGUCGUGUCGUGCAUUCCUGCACGCCUUGUGGGGAAUGGUCUGGGAAUACCGCCAAUUGGCUCUGCUGUUUCGUGGGCAGCCGCAUUUCUGGGAUGGUGGGCUUGUAAUGAUGUCCCGAUACCAAGAACUAAUCAAGAUACUCGACCACUUCCGCCUUGGCUAUGCGCAAGGCUGCAACCUACUUUUGGAACUAAUUCUCAUGCAUAUGCACCUAUCACUGGAUGAUGUGCAGCUCUUCGCAGGAUUGGAGGGUCCAGACGAGGCCCGCCGCGUGUACCAAUCAAUGGGAGAAUGGACGCGAAGCAAAGCCUCGCGUCAGGCCGUGUGGCACGCAGGCCAGGUCGUGCGAGCUGCUAAGUCUCUGCAGCCUCAGCAUCUGCGAGACAUCAACGCCAUUGCCGUAUAUCACGCAAGCCUAGCGUUUUGGGCAUAUGCCCUAGCUUCCAGGAUAGUGGGCUCAGAGAAGGCUUCUGUGGCCGGACAGAGUACGUCGUCAAAUCCUCGCGCUGCGGAAAUGCGGAUGGUCUGGCUAGAUGAUGCGGAGACGGUGGACACCCAAAAAUUCGUUGCCUUGAAACGAGGCUCGCCUGCGUUGCGCGAUGUCCGGCCAGGCACCCAAGCGGCGCCACUUGAGGCCCCAAGCGCUGUUAUUGAGGUUUUGAUUGAGACCAUGCGCCAAAAUCACAUUGAGCUGGACCGCCCAAAACCACCGCUUGUAGAGAACCUUAUCCAGCUUAUGGAGGCAUUGAGGGAUACGGCGAAAUGA